GGCUGCCAGGCCUAUAAGAAGGAGACCCGCCGUCACCUGCCCCCCGACGUCCGCAAGAGGCGCGAGCAACAGUCUCGCCGCGACGUGCGGGAAAAUAGGCGGGCUGCUGCCCAGCCUCCGCAGUCAGGCCCCUCAGGCUACCAGGGCCCCCCCAGGCAGAAUCCCUGGGGCCCCACCAGGUACCCACCGCCCGCCACUUUCGGCCAGUACAUGGCCCAGGCUGGCGUCAACCCCUGGACACCUCUGCAGCAGUGCAGCCAGGGGUACAACGAGCUGGAGUACCCAGUCCUGGCCAACAACCCUUGGCUGCGCAAGCCAAGGGGGCCCCAGGGGCCCAAGAAAAAUGCCACUGGCCACAAAAAUGGCCAGGGCAAACCGCAGCAGCCCCCCCAGGAGAGGGCACAGCAGCCUGCUCGCGAUAAGCAGCCUGCCCAGCCCAAGCCGCUGGCCACCAGACUGGCUCCAGCAGCCCCGGCGCAGCGAACGCCCCCGCCCAGGCAGCCCCAGGUAGCACCUGCUCCUGAGGCUGACAUGCUGAUCGACUUGGCCUCAGAGCAGCCGACAGCCCCGCCCAUGCGCACGGAGCAGCCAGCCCAACCUGGCUUGGCUGACUUCAUCAGCGACGACGAGGCGGGCCCCACCCCCCGCUCUCAGCAACCAAUCGCGACCGCGACCGAGAGCCCCAAGAGGGCACCGCGAAUCAAGCCCCUGUUCGUUUUCCUCGACCAGGGGCACCAGUACCCAAGGGUGUACACCGCCCUUAAACAGUCAGUGCAGGAAAAAUUCACCUGCCAGAACCGCGGCCGAGACGAGAUACAGGUCAACGUGGCCUCAGUCCCCGACUAUCACAGGGCAGUCAAAGCACUGCAGGCUAUCGGCGCCCAGCACUCCGUCCUUCUUCAGCGGGACGAAGUGCCGAAGAAAUUUGUAUUGCGCGGAGUGCACCGCCACACCCCAUCUGAGUUCCUCCAGGAGGAAUUCAGUUCACUCAUUCUGCCGGUCCAGAACCACUGGUUCCUGGAGAACCGGCAGCGACGCGAAAAGCCCGACAGAGCACCCACAGGCUCGCUUUCGCGCGCGCGCCUGCAGAGGCCCUGCCGACUCACAGCGAACUGCGCGCCCCGCCCGCAGCCUGGCGGCCGCGCGCGGAACACGCAGCUCCGCCGCGCCUCUCGCGGCCGCGGCACGAACUCUCGCAGGCCCGCAGGCAAGCCAGAGCCCGCGCCGCGCCGCGCGCACUCGUGGUCGGGCAGCCUGUCGAUUCUUCGCCUCUCGCUGUCCGCUUCUUUCUUCGUACAGGUACCUGACCACACCAUAUCAGACACCGCACCCCCCCAGGAACCCACGAACAUGGACACGACCACCUCUGUCCCUCCUACCGACUCCGCGCCGCUCAUGGUCCCCGCGAGCGACAUGGCGAAAUUCAGGGCCUGGCUGCACUUCCAGGAAAAAGAAAAGAAUGCAGCAGAGCAGCGAGAGGAGGAACAGGAGCGACAAGCUGAAUGGACCAUGCAGCGGAAACGGCAGCGAACAACAGCGCCAGCAGUCAGGCCACCUGAAAUCGCGGUUACAAAUCGCUUCGCCACGCUCGCGGAGGCAGACGCGUCCCGACCCACGGCAGGGCCCUCCAGCGCCCCCUCUCCACCCGCUCCAGCUCCGGCCAAUCAGGGCGCAGCCGCCCCCUCCACCCGCACCCCGCGUGACUCAGGACCGCGCAAACACGCGCUCAGGCUGGUCGUUCCAGACCAGUCUCUCUACAGCCAGCUAGUGGCUCGCAUGCGAUCUCUCGCCCCAGGGGCCGCGCAGAUUUCUCUCGUGCGCGAGGGCCUGCAGAUCGCUGAUGAUCAAGCGGCGGCCGAGCACAGCAACCUAGCCUCCGAGCUGAUCGGACGUCGGAGUGCGGCCUUGCCUCUUCGCUUCGCGUCGCGUCACCAGUAG